AUGACCGCCAACGAAGCCUCAACCAUGGAGCCCAUCCGUACAGACCCAGACAUUCCUGGGACAGUUGACAUGAGCCUCUCUGGUAGACAAGCACAGCACUUCAGACUUUUGAUUCCGGCAAACCUUUUGACUAACAAUCUUGCUUCUGCAGAAGGCCAAGAACCGACUGCCUACGGAUUAGCUCUCUAUCCAGUUCCCUCCGACGACCCCAACGAUCCUCUCCAGUGGCCAAAAUGGAAAAAGACCACGAUCUUGCUUCUCGUGUCUGUCUACUCGUUCCUCGCAAACGGAAGCUUGUUCGGCCCAACAGUAUACGUUGAUUAUCUAGCUAAUAAAUGGCAAAAGACGCCAAGCCAGACUUCUCAGCUGACCACAUACCCAAACUUACUGUUUGGUUUCGGAAGUGCCCUCUCCAAUUCAUACGACACACUCCUUGGCUUCCGAAUGCUCCAUGCUUUCGCCUCUUCUGUCUGCGAGGCUCUUCCUGCGCAGGUUGUCACAGAUGUCUUCUUUCUCCACGAGCGCGGCAAAGCCCUUGGAUGGUACACCUUUGCACUUACGACUGGCACUCUCUCUGCUGUUGCUGCCAGCUAUAUGCUUGCGGGUGGCCACUCCUACAACCUAUUCUUCUGGGUCGAGUUUGCGAUCGGCUGUGCCUUGUUACUCGCUGUUUUCUUUCUCUUUGAAGAAACCAUGUUCUUCAGGGACAGCCACAUUCCAGGCGUUCCAUUGAACACUGAUGGUUCGGCGAGACUUCAGAAGGACGAGAAGCGGCAGACUACCGAAGAGAUCGAGAUCCAGGCAACGCCGCGAACCUACGUCCGUGACAGUUACUUACAACAACUCAAGCUUGUUAGGAGAACAGAUCCAAACUCUCCGAUUUUCAUGAUGAUGAUCAAAUCGUUUACAUAUUUUGUGGUUCCGCCAGUUUUUUGGGUCUGCUCAACUUACGGAAUUAUCAUUGGCCUGGCAGCCCUAGCUUUCACAGCAACAUUCCCCGGUAUUGUAGCAGCGCCGCCUUAUUCGUGGCCAAUUGAAAAUACAGGGCUUGUAGCAGUGGCAGCAUUUCUUGGUUACCUCGCUGCCGCUUGGCCGUUCAGUUCGCUCCCCGAUCGGUUCUCUGCAAGAUUAACUAAGAAGAACAACAACAUCUACGAAGCUGAGUAUCGUCUCUGGUGUCUCGUGGUGGUGCUGUUCGUAUCUCCGGCAUCUCUGAUCCUAUACGGAUACUCAGCCGAGAAACACCUUCACUGGUUCGGUCUGGUCUUUGCAGUUGGGCUCUUCCAGUUUGGGGCCUUCUUCUUCUUGACGUAUACACUAGCGUACGCAAUGGACUCUUAUGAAGCAAAUGUACCAGAGAUGUUGAUUGCGAUGAAUAUUGGGAAACAGGCCAUCUCUUUUGGGUUCGGAUAUGAGGUCAUCAACUGGAUCACCAAAGAUGGAUAUGUGACGGUAUUUGCAGGAAUCUUCUGCAGUGUUAUGCUUGUCAAUAACCUUGCGGUCUUUGUCUUUUUGAUCUUUGGAAAGCGAUUGAGAGGUUGGUAUACCACAACUCGCCUGGCCAAGAUUCACAAGGGAAGCAUUCACUAA